AAGCGCAACUGGACGUGGUCGCGGACUGCGGCGACGGGGCGCGAGCCAACCGCGCGCAGCUGCGCUGGGACCGCAAGAGGAAGAAGAUGGUGCACGUCGAUCCGGACGGAGGCCGCAAGAUGAUCCGCACGGAGAGCGGCGGGCGCGUGCCGGCCUCGUACCGCAGCGGCAAGUACGACGAGUGGCGCCGCCGCAACCACGCCGACGCCGACGCACCCGCCCAGGCGAAACCGCCGUCAGAGUUCCGUCCGCGCUGGAUGAAGCACAACGAACGUGUGUCGAAGAAGAUGCAGGGAGCUAACGAGAUGAGAGAUACGCAGCAAAUCGUCAAAGAAAGGUUGAGAAAAGACAAGAUCAAGCAGAGACUGAAACACAAGUCCAAGGGAAAGAAGAGAAAGCGAUGAUAUUGUGUUUAAUAAAUAUGAAAGCUGAA